AUGCGUGAAAUCGUGCUCAUCCAGGCAGGCCAGUGCGGCAACCAGAUCGGCGCCAAGUUUUGGGAGGUCAUCAGUGAUGAACAUGGCAUUGACCCCACAGGCAGUUAUCAUGGAGAUGGUGACUUACAGCUGGACAGAAUCAAUGUGUACUACAAUGAAGCAGCUGGCAAUAAGUAUGUUCCUCGGGCCAUCCUAGUGGACCUGGAGCCAGGAACGGUAGACUCGGUGAGAUCGGGACCAUUUGGCCAGAUAUUCAGGCCAGACAACUUUGUGUUUGGCCAGAGUGGUGCAGGGAAUAACUGGGCCAAGGGCCACUACACAGAGGGAGCUGAGCUGGUGGACUCCAUGCUGGAUGUGGUAAGAAAGGAGGCAGAGAGCUGUGACUGUCUGCAGGGCUUCCAACUGACCCACUCGCUGGGGGGGCGAUUUUUAUCAGUUUCAGUACCUUUCAAAUAUCUGUUGAGAGUGAGUUUAGGACCUUCAUUAAGUCCUAGUAUUGGGUAA